AACCAUUAUUGCAGGGGAACGGGGGGAAGCUGUUUCCUUUGCGCAUGAUGAACGAGUUUCCGGGACAGCACGCGCUGCCGUUUCGCCGCAAAACCACAGCGCAGCGCAGGGCAGGGACUCUAGCGUAGCGUCUUGUGAUAGUGUGAUAUAACCUGUCCGUUACAGUCAGCAAAAGGAAGAUGAAGUUACUCACGCACAACAUGUUAACGUCACACGUGAAGGGGGUCACGAAGGGUUAUCCGCUUCUCAUCAAGGCCACCGAGGUGAAGGUCAGCGAGGUGGAGUUCAACCCCCAGUUUGUGAGCAGGAUGAUCCCCAAGCUGGAGUGGUCGGCCCUGGUGCAGGCUGCUGAAGAGCUGGGUCAGCUGAAUGAUCUGCCCACCGAGCUGCUUCCUGACUACGAGAAUAAUGAGGAGUUUCUGCGCAAAGUCCAUCGUGUGCUGUUGGAGGUAGAGGUGCUGGAGGGGUCCCUACGAUGCCCAGAGUCGGGGCGUGAGUUCCCAAUCUCCCGGGGGAUUCCCAACAUGCUCUUGAAUGAGGAUGAAGCCUGAGGGAUCGACGGAUGGAUUUAUUAGCUCUCAUUUUUCAAAUACACGAACUCGACCAAAUGUUGACAUGGGAAGAUAUUCACAUUUGGUGUUUAAAAUGACUUUUCAUAUUAAGGAAAGAGGAUGUAACUACUGGACCUGUCUUACCCUUACUGAAGAAGAUUCCUGUCCACAACUGGCAGCUCUCCUCAGUACUGCUGAUAUAAACAUUGUUGCUAGUAUUAGUUGGUUUUGUUUUUCAGUUGUGCCAUGUUAAUAGGUGUUAAAGCUUACUGCUAUUCCUAAAGUCAAAAUUUGCACAAACUGAACUGUCUUUGUGUUAUAUCGUAGGUGGCGGUACAGCAAGAUAUUGCAAAAUUGUUAUUCAUUGUUCAUAUAAACCAUUUUGUAAUUAAUACAUAUAUUUGCAUUGGCCUUAUAAAGAAGCAAUGCUAAUCUUAUUCCAUACAAGCAUUUCAAGUUCACUUUAGCAAAUUUUCCCCUCUGCACUCCUGUUUUCUGUUAAAUUACCUCUCCUUAAAUAAGGCAAAUUGAAUUUAUUUGUGAAUUCUUUUAUGAAUUCAAAAUUACAUUUAGUUCUUGAUUAAAAUUAUAAUCUGACAAUGGUGAUGUUAGGUAAGUAAGGGAUGACUGCCAUCUCUUUCUGAGCUUUCUUUAGUUAAGCUUUUUCUAACUUUGUGUUGUAAAAUCAAAAUAAACACUUCACAUUGUAAUUACUGGAUAAUUCAGUUAAAGUUAGCUAUUGUGAUAAGAAUGAGCUGCGACAGUGUAAACAAAUGGUGCAGGUGAUGUAACUGGUUUGCUUAUCGAAAACUUGUAGAAGUGAAGGUUACUGACAAAGCAGAUUUGUUAUGGUCAUUCGAACCCAGAUUGGUUUAACCUUCAAAAACUAGCUUCCGCUGCCAGCGUAUUCCUCACGUAGUACAUUU